CAUGUUCUGGACAGUGACAGAGCAACAAAAGCAAAAUAGUGAUCUACUAAAUAGUUUUUUAGAUUGUGAGUGCUGCUAUUUUUCCUACCAAGAAGUAACCAUGAAAAAUAGAACAUGGCUCAGAAAAAAUUGGCUUUUAGUAGCUGGACUAUCCUUUUUAGGGAUUCACUUUGGGACGUAUUUUAUUCAAAGAAUGGCAAAGAGUUCUGCUAAGUCAAGCUUGGAGCUGAAAGAUUCUAAAAACAAUCAAUGAAGUUUUCAUCUCCUCGUCUUCAAAUAAAAUAAUUAGUCUAAAUCAACCCACCGUCUUUUGUGAUCUAGUUGUCAAUGUCUGUUAUUGGUUUGAUGAACAUUCUUUCCCUCUUGGUUUGAUCACAAUAAAAUUAAAU